UAGACUAUAACCAUUUGAGACACACAACGGACGACAGUUGACUUCUCUGUCCACUUAAAAGAGCUUCAUCAGAAUGACUGACGUUAUUCCUGGAGGAUACUCAGAGACUGAACCAGCCACUGAGGAGAUUCAGAGGAUCUGUGAUGAGGUGAAAGUCCAAGUGGAGGAACAGACAAAGAAGAAGUAUGAGGUAUUCACAGCCCUUCACUACAGGAGCCAAGUCGUGGCAGGAACUAACUAUCUCAUCAAGGUUAAUUCUGGACCAUCCAGUCACCUUCAUGUGACAGUGUUUGAAGCUCUUCCGUGUCAUGGAGGACAGAAAUCAGUCUCUGGUGUAGAAGAAGGUCACACCAAAGAAGAUCCUCUGGUACCUUUCUAAUGUGAUCACAGCCUGGUACUGAUCACUGUCUCCAGGCCGCUGCCUCAGUCAUGUUGUUAUCCUGAAAUGAUUAAACACAAUAAAGAUCCUUUAAUGAUGAUAGAGGCAGUAAAACAUGUGCAGUCUAUACUAAUAUUCAACCUUUGUUGGAGUGGAAAAAGUGAUUCUGUAAAGGAAUAAUAAAGAAUGAUUCAUGAAA